AGUUUACUGUUUUUGAAACGGAAGUAGCAAUCACGUGAUACAAACAUUAGCCAAAAUGGCAGACACGGAUUCGGGCCAAGUCGAAGAGCCAGUCAUGAUAUGGUUUUACCAGACGGAGAAAGAUGAGGAAGGAGGCAAAGAGGAAGAAGAGUCUGAAGAAGAAGCUGAGCCUAAGUUAAAAUAUGAACGCUUGGUUAAUGAUUUAACUAAGAUUCUCAACAAAGAUGCUGCAAGUUGUAUGGCAGUUCACUCCAAAUUCUUGGCUCUUGGCACUCAUAAUGGUGCAAUCCACAUAUUAGAUCAUGCCGGAUACAACAUCAAAGACAUUCAGGCGCACAAUAACACUGUAAACCAAAUCAGUAUUGAUGAUAGUGGGGACUACAUUGCCAGCUGUUCUGAUGAUGGACAUAUCAUUAUCACUGGUUUAUAUUCAAGUGAAAAUGACCAAUCAAAGAAUUUUGACCGACCAAUCAAAGCAAUUGCUCUUGAUCCCCAGUUUUCAAAGCCAGGAAGUGGCAAACACUACAUUAGUGGUGAUGAUAAGCUUGUUCUUGGAGAAAAGAAUUUCCUUGGUCGCUACAAGAACUACGUUUUACAUAAGGGAGAAGGUCCAAUCCGAAACAUUAAAUGGAAAUCUUUUCUCAUAGCCUGGGCCAAUGAUAAGGGUGUGAAAAUCUAUGACAUGAGUCUAGAGUGCCGCAUAACCAACAUUCCAAAAGAUCAUAGUAAUCGACCUGACCUCUAUCAGUGUAAUCUCUGCUGGAAAGAUGACCGAACCUUGCUGGUUGGCUGGGCAGACUUAAUUAAAAUCUGUGUGGUUCGUGAUAAAACAUCUGAUGUCGAUGCAAACAUGCCUGAACGCUUUGUGGAAAUCACCCACAUGUUCACUACCACACCAGAAUCCAACUGCUAUAUAUGUGGAAUAGCACCCCUGGAAAACAAUCUGGUUGUCUUCACCUAUGACAAAGAAGGCCAACAUAUUGAGGGUGGUAAGUUCAAAGCUGACCGACCCCACCUUCAGAUAUGGGAACCAGAGGAAAAUUACUAUGAGGAGAUAUCUGAUGAUGCUUUAUCUUUCCGAGGAUUCGAAGAAUACCGAUGUUUUGACUAUCAUCUUGAGUGUGUUGUUGAAGAAAGUCUUUACUUCCUCAUUAGCCCUAAGGACGUUGUUGUGGCCAAACUGAGAGAUCAAGAUGACCACAUUACCUGGUUAUUGGAACACGAACGUUAUGAGGAUGCAAUGGAAUCUGCUAUGGCUCACAGUAGAGAACUGAAGAAACAUAAUGUCCAGGAACUCGGAAAGCAAUACUUAGAUCAUCUCCUCGAGGCUGCUGAAUAUGAAGAAGCAGCCCAACUGUGUGUCCGAAUAUUGGGACGUAAGAAAGAACUUUGGGAAUCCACAUUUGAAAAGUUCAAUGAUAUUGGUCAACUUAAGAUUUUGGCCCCCCAUCUUCCCUGUGGUGAUCCUUUACUCAGUCCACAUAUCUAUGAAGUAGUCCUUAAUGAAUUCUUGAGAACAGAUCAUGAGGGUUUCCUUCAUCUGAUUCGGUCGUGGCCACACAACCUCUACAACAUGCAAGUUAUCAUCAACAUUCUCCUAAAUGAACAUGAGAAAGAUAGGAACAACCUUACACUACUGGAGUGUUUAGGAGAGCUAUACAUAUUCCAGAAAAGAUAUGACAAAGCUUUAACUAUUUACCUCCAGAUGAAACACAAGGAUGUUUUUAACUUAAUCAACAAACACAACUUGUUUGAUUCAAUAACCGACCGUAUUGUACAGUUGAUGGAGUUUGAUUCAGAGAAAGCUGUGAUACUGCUGCUUGAUAACAUUGAAAAGAUACCGAUCAAAAAGGUUGUUCAGCAACUGGAACCAACCCCAGAGCUGUUGCAUCGUUACCUUGACAAAUUGUUCCAAAAGGAUCCUCACUUGGGCCAGGAAUACCAUGCAAUGCAAAUAAAAUUAUAUGCAGAGUACGACAGAGAGAAGUUGCUGCCUUUACUCAAGAACAGCACACACUGCCCUCUGCAGGCAGCCCUUGAGGAAUGCCGCAUUCGGAACUUCUUACCAGAACAAGUCUUCCUUCUGAAUAAAAUGGGUGACACAAAAGGAGCAUUACAUGUGAUAAUGGAGCUGCAGAACAAUGUCCAGAAAGCCAUAGAUUUCUGUAAAGAACACAAUGACAAGGAACUGUGGGAUGACUUGAUAACUUUCUCCAUCAACAAACCAGGAUUCAUCACAGGCCUUCUGCAGAACAUAGGAACCCAUGUUGAUCCUAUUAUCCUAAUCAAACGGAUACAGAAUGGUAUGCAGAUCCCAAAACUGCGGGAUUCACUCGUCAAGAUCCUGCAGGAUUACCAGAUUCAGAUUGCCCUGCUGGAAGGUUGUCAGAAGAUCCUUGUCAAAGACAGUUAUAGUUUACUGACAAAACAAAUCAAGACUCGACAGCGAGGAUAUAUGAUUGAUUGUUCUAUUUCAGACGGGCAAAAAUGUGGUAUCUGUGAGAAACCUGUAAUUGAAAACGAUCAAAGAUGUGCUCAAGAUUUGUACAUUUUCUUCUGCCGCCACUCUUUCCACCGUGACUGUAUGGAGGGGAAUGGAUCGAUCUCUUGUUUUAUAUGUAAUUCAGGGCCAGCUGUAUCACAAAAAUAAACAAGAAUGGACCAAAAGGUUGAGGAUCAAGGCCAGCAACAACCGCAACAACAACAACAACCAACGCAUCGAGUAAUACAGUUCAAUAAAAUGUCUAAUUCUGCUGUUAGAGGUAAAUGUUAAACAACAAUGUAUUGUCUGCCUAGCGACUGGACUGAUUAUCUACUCAUGCUGUAUUCACAUGUAAACAUGUUUUGUUUUGGAGAGGACAAAGAGGCGGGUGGGUCACAAAAGAUUUUUAAGAAAUGGGUAGACAUUGUGAUAUCUUUAGUGUUGUUGGGUUUGACACAAUACACCCAUUGUUGACCCUUGUGAUACUUCAAUAAUGGGAUGGGUUUACAUAACGCAUUCUUGUUAACCCUAAAAAUCAAGGUCGCCUUAUUGACCUACCAGUAAGAUUAUGCCAAGCUGACUUCUUAAUACUGCACUUUUGACUAACUUACUCCACCAUGUGAAAUUUCUAUGAAUUUAAUGUCAAUCCAUGUCAUUCCCACUGCUUAUAUAGUCGACCAGUAAUGAUCCCUAUAUAUAUAUCAAGCCACUAAAAGAAGUUCUGUUAACCCAUGUAAUUCCUCCAAUGUUUAUUACAGAAAAUCUUCAUGAUUACUAUAUAUAUAUCAGGCCUCUAAAACAGCUCUCCAUUAACCCAUGUGAUCCCUCUAUGUUUACACAUUUGGCCUGUAUGAUCCCUAUAUACUACACAAUCCCUAAAAUAAUUCGCUGGUGACCCAGCCAAUCCUUUGAGAGUCAGCUUGCUACUAAUAUUGCCCAUGGAUAGUCUUAAUGAGUUUUUACCUACCAUUCAUCGAACUGCUCUGACAGUUUUUAAGGUUUUUUUUUAAUGAACACAAUCCCAUCCACUCCUUAUCAAAAUAUGAAUUCCACCCUACAACAUAAUGAAACUACUUAUUCUCCUUUCAUUAGAAAAAACAUCUUUAACACUCUCUCUCUCUCUCCCCUCUAUAUUACCUGUUGGUUAAAAAGUUCAAAUUGUUAAAAUUUCUGAACUUCAAGCUGGAAAUUUAAACAAUAAAAAUUUUUGAAGAAAAUGAAUUUUCCAAA